CACGGGUUGGAGCCGACGUGGUGCCUGCCGUCCUGGGGCCCUCCGUCUAGUCUGGCAUCCUGUAAACUCUGUCCUUCCGUCUCCUCCCCUUCUCACAGGGACCCAGACAUGGAGCUGCGGGAAGAGGCCUGGUCUCCGGGGCCGCUGGAUUCCGAGGACCAGCAGAUGGCCAGUCACGAGAACCCAGUGGACAUCCUCAUCAUGGAUGACGACGACGUCCCCAGCUGGCCCCCGACCAAGCUGGCCCCGCCCCAGUCAGCGCCCGCGGCCGGCCCCCCGCCCCGGCCGCGGCCCCCGGCGCCCUACAUCUGUAACGAGUGCGGCAAGAGCUUCAGCCAUUGGUCCAAGCUGACGCGGCACCAGCGCACGCACACGGGCGAGCGGCCCAACGCCUGCGCCGACUGCGGCAAGACCUUCUCGCAGAGCUCGCACCUCGUGCAGCACCGGCGCAUCCACACGGGCGAGAAGCCGUACGCCUGCUCCGAGUGCGGCAAGCGCUUCAGCUGGAGCUCCAACCUCAUGCAGCACCAGCGCAUCCACACGGGCGAGAAGCCCUACGCCUGCCCCGACUGCGGCCGCAGCUUCACGCAGAGCAAGAGUCUGGCCAAGCACCGGCGCUCGCACAGCGGCCUCAAGCCCUUCGUGUGCCCGCGCUGCGGCCGCGGCUUCAGCCAGCCCAAGAGCCUGGCGCGCCACCUGCGGCUGCACCCCGAGCUCUCGGGCCCCGGCGUGGCGGCCAAGCACCUGAAGCCCCUUCCUGCAUCUAGCUUCUUGGAAAACUUGGCCUGGAGGUGA